AUGAUUAGCUAUGGUUAUAAACGUAAACAUAUAUGUGUAGGUACAUUUACUACUUCUGAAUAUGUUCUUACAGCUGCACAUUGUCUUUAUUCAAUCGGUAUAUCAAAUAUUGAAAUUCGUAUUUGUAUAACUAAUUCAAAUGAUAUUUCAUAUGAAAAUCUUUUCUCUAUUCAAAAAGUUAUUUUACAUAAAGAUUGUAAUCCUAAUACUUAUAAAAAUGACAUAGUAUUAAUACGAUUAGAUCGUUCAAUUAUUCAAAUGUUAUAUCUUCCUCAUUUUACAUAUAUAUAUAUAUAUUAA